GCCACUGGCACAACUGCAAGCUUGAUUUUUAAGGUCUUUCAGUAGAGAUGACCAUCUUUUUCCUCUUGCACUUACUUCUCAUAAUCAUGGUAUUUUUUGCUAUGGCUGGUGAAGGAACAUAUGAUUGCAGAGAGUCCAGGUGUGGAAGUGAUGGCCCUAGCAUUCAUUUUCCCUUCAGGAUUCAACAUCAGCCCGAAUAUUGUGGCUAUCCUGGCUUCGAGUUAUUUUGUGACAGCAAAAACAAAACUAUACUCACCCUUUCCAAUUCAGUUAGACUAUCUGUUGAAGAAAUUGAUUAUAUGUCUCAGCAGAUUCGGCUUUAUGAUCCUGAAAGUUGUCUUAUUCUUAAGAUAUUGCACCUUAAUUUAUCAACAUCUCCUUUCUUUUUCACUGAUGAAGCUGACUAUUCAAUUUUCAAAUGUUCUGGUAUAUUCCCAGCAGAUUAUCUGGUCGAACAACCUUGUGCCUCUGACAAAGCAAUAUUUGCUAUUGAAUCCUCAAUGUCUUUGGGGUUUCUCCCCACUGCAACUUGCAAAAAGAUUCUCGAAAUUCCAUCAGUUCCCUUUGAAAUAGCUUACAAUUACGUUUAUCUCCAUUGGUCAAAUCCGGAGUGUAGAUACUGUGAAGGUCUUGGUAAGGAUUGUGGCUUCAAGAACUAUACCAAGCAACUGCGAACUCAGUGUCUCGACCGACCAUCCACUACAAAAGCUGGUACAUUAAAGAAACCACUGAUUGCAGGUGGAGUUCUAGGUCUUAUUCUUUUGGGAAUUAUAAUGUUGGCACUCUAUGAGUUUUAUAGCUCAAGCAAAAUCGAAAGAGAGAAUCAAGCGAGAGUUGAAAAGUUUCUGGAAGACUACAGAGCUCUCAGGCCCACUAGAUAUACUUACGCAGAUCUUAAGAAGGUAACGAAUCUGUUUCAGGAAAGAUUGGGAGAGGGAGCUUACGGGGUUGUUUAUAAAGGAACACUUUCUAAUGAAAUUCAUGUUGCUGUCAAAGUGCUAAAUGACUCCAUAGGAAAUGGGGAAGAAUUUAUUAAUGAAGUUGCAGCAAUGGGGAAAAUCCACCACUUCAAUGUGGUUCGCCUAGUUGGCUAUUGUGCUGAUGGAUUCAAAAACGCUCUCGUGUAUGAAUAUUUGCCAAAUCAGACGCUUGACAAACUCAUUUUUCCAGCAAGUUCCAAAGAUCGCAUUAUCCUUAAUUGGAAGAAGCUUCAAGAUAUUGCUAUGGGUAUAGCGAAAGGACUGGAGUAUCUUCAUCAAGGAUGUGACCAACAAAUCCUUCAUUUCGAUAUCAAACCCCAAAACAUUCUGUUAGACCAGAACUUGAACCCAAAGAUCUCUGAUUUUGGUCUUGCCAAGUUAUGCUCUAAAGAGAAAAGUGUUGUCACCAUGACUGAAGCUAGAGGAACCAUGGGUUAUAUUGCACCAGAAGUAUUAUCCAGCAAUUUUGGAAAAGCAUCUCAUAAAUCUGAUGUCUAUAGCUUUGGAAUGAUGCUACUUGAAAUGGUUGGAGGGAGGAAGAAUUUUGACGCAAAAGCCAAUAUUAGCCAAAUAAACUUUCCCGAGUGGAUUCAUCAACAGCUGAAUCAAGGAGAGGAGUUAAAAAUCAGGAUUGAGGAAGAUGAUGAUAUCAUGAUUGUUAGGAAAUUGGCUAUUAUAGGACUUUUGUGCAUCCAAUGGAAUGCAACGGAUCGACCUUCCAUCAAAGUUGUUACUCAAAUGCUAGAAGGAGAUGGGAGCAUUCUAACUAUCCCUCCGCCUUUUACAGCUAGAUACACCACCGCUGGACUGAUGGAAUGCCCUUCUAGCGAAGAGUUGGAAUGCCCUUCUAACAAGUGGAUGCUUGAAUUUCAGUAAUUUGAUUAGAUAUCUUUCGAGUCAUUUAGCUGCUACAUCUCAACUCUUUUACAUGUGCAAGAUAUUUAUUGUGACUGUCUGUAGUUUGUUUUUCCCUCUAAAGUAUAAGUAUUCUAAUAAACGAUUCUCAGCUCAA